UCUACGUCAGAAUCCGCCCGCGCGCAUGCGCAGGUGCUCCACAGUGUACGGUACCGCACACCGGACUCACAACAACCGACGGGCGUUUGAUCGGUGCGUGUCCGCCUGCAGGAGGCCAGGGCUGGGGCUGGUGACUGAAGCAGUCCGGGGCACAGAGCCGGAGGUGCGGACCCGCAGCGGGAGGGUCGGGGUGAAAGUAACGGAGCCGGCCCGCCGGAGAGUCGGUGUGUUGUUAGCUGUGAGCGGAGCAGAAGCACCGAGCAGCCGCUGAUCCACACCGUUAACCUGAGGAACCGUCACAGUCCGCACACACACACAGGCUGCCGGUACCAGCAGCUGCUCACCUGUCACCUGUCACCUGUCACCUGUCACCUCAUGAAACAGCUGAUGGAUCCAUCCGGGCUGCUAACGUUAGCACACAGGCUACAUGCUAACAGGCUAACCUACCAGCCAGCUCAGCAGCGUUAGCUCACGGUGUGUCACGCUGUCCCGGUGCUGCUGUCCCGGUGCUGCUGUCCCGGUGCUGCUGUCCGGUUAACGGGCACCAUGCCAUCAUCUCGGUAAACACAGCUACACCCACCAGUGCGGAGCUCACCGUGACCUGUGGAACAUCUGGCCGCAGCUCGCUCUCGCAGAGCGGCCGAGGAUGGUCGCAGUGACAGCAUCUGUCCUGGAGGAUCGGCCCGCUGGAUGUUCCGAGGCUCACGGCUUCACCCUCCCUGCCCCCGCUGGAUGUUCCGAGGCUCACGGCUUCACCCUCCCUGCCCCCGCUGGAUGUUCUGAGGCUCACGGCUCCACCCUCCCUGCCGGACUCCGGCUCCGGCGCUCCGCGUUCAUGUAAACCGGCGAACCUGCUCAGACAGCAGCCAUGCAGGCGGCCCAGCUGCAGUACGACUUCUUCAACGAGGAGAACGCUCCGAAAUGGAGAGGCCUGCUGGUGCCUUCACUGGAAAAGGUACUGAAUCAGGUGCAUCCUAACCUGGUGUCCCAGCAGGAGGCGCUGCAGUACAUCGAGGAGCUGAUCCUGCUGCUGCUCAGCAUGCUGUGUCAGGCUCAACCCCGCACCGUGCAGGACGUCGAGGAGCGAGUCCAGAAGAGUUUUCCUCACCCGAUUGAUAAAUGGGCGAUCGCUGACGCUCAGGCCGCCAUCGAGAAGAGGAAGAGGAGGAACCCGCUGGCUCUACCUGUCGACAAAAUCCACCCACUGCUCAAGGAAGUGUUGGGUUAUAAGAUCGACCACCAGGUGUCAGUCUACAUGGUGGCUGUGUUGGAGUACAUCUCUGCUGACAUCCUCAAACUGGCAGGAAACUAUGUCAGGAACAUCCGACACUACGAGAUCUCUCAGCAGGACAUCACUGUGGCCAUGUGUGCUGACAAGGUUCUGAUGGACAUGUUCCACCAGGACGAAGAGGACAUCAGCGGCUUCCCUCUGAUGGACGAGGAGCCGUCAGCCAAUGAGGAGCAGAGUUACUAUGAGCUGGUGAGGAGCUUCAUGUCUGACGGCCGUCAGUACCUGAGGCAGCUCAACCUGCUGAUCAAGGUGUUCAGAGAGCCCUUCACCUCCAGCCCCAUGCUGUUCUCCCAGCACGACGUGGACAGUAUCUUCAGUCGGAUUGUUGAUAUCCAUGAGGUGACGGUGAAGCUGUUGGGUCUGAUCGAGGACACAGUGGAGAUGACCGAUGAAGGAAGUCCUCAUCCUCUAGUGGGAAGCUGCUUCGAGGACCUGGCUGAGGAGCUGGCCUUUGACCCCUAUGAGACGUACGCUCAGGACAUCCUGCGCUCUGGUUUCCAUGAACACUUCCUGAGUCAGGUAUCCAAACCAGGAGCCGCCUUCCACCUCCAGUCCAUCUGUGAAGGUUUCAAAGAGGCUGUUCAGUACGUUCUGCCCAGACUGCUGCUCACUCCUGUUUACCACUGUCUGCACCUGUUCGAGAUACUCAAGCAACUGGAGGAGAAGAGUGAGGAUGAGGAGGAUAAAGAGUGUCUGAAGCAGGCCAUCACUGCUCUGCUCAACCUGCAGAGCAGCAUGGAGAGGAUCUGCUCCAGGAGCCUGGCUAAGAGGAGGCUCAGCGAGUCGGCGUGUCGUUUCUACAGCCAUCAGAUGAAGGGGAAGCACCUGGCCAUCAAGAAGAUGAACGAGAUCCAGAAGAACAUCGAUGGCUGGGAGGGGAAGGACAUUGGCCAGUGCUGCAACGAGUUCAUCAUGGAGGGCACGCUAACCCGCGUGGGCGCCAAACACGAGCGCCACAUCUUCCUGUUUGACGGCCUGAUGAUCUGCUGCAAGUCAAACCACGGACCGCCACGGCUGCCCGGUGCCGGCUCCACUGCAGAGUACCGGCUGAAAGAAAAGUUCUUCAUGCGCAAAGUCCAGAUCAACGACAAGGAUGACAAGGAGGGCGAGUACCGGCACGCCUUCGAAAUCAUCCUGAAGGAUGGGAACAGCGUGGUGUUUGCAGCCAAGUCUGCUGAGGAGAAGAAUGGCUGGAUGGCGGCGCUGAUCUCGCUGCAGUACCGCAGCACGCUGGAGCGCAUGCUGGACUCGGCCAUGCUGCAGGAGGAGAAGGAGGAGCAGAUGAGGCUGCCGGGGGCCGAGGUGUACCGGUUUGCUGAGCCAGACUCUGAGGAGAAUGUCGUGUUUGAGGAGAACGUCCAGUCCAAGUCUGGGAUCCCCAUCAUCAAAGCGGGGACGGUCCUGAAACUGAUCGAGAGGCUUACCUUUCACAUGUACGCAGAUCCGAACUUUGUCCGAACAUUUCUGACCACCUACAGAUCCUUCUGUAAACCUCAGGAGCUUCUGGACCUACUCAUGGAGAGGUUUGAGAUCCCAGAGCCGAGGCUGAGCGAGGUGGAUCAGAUGGAGGGUGGAGAGCAGCCGCUCAGCGCUGAACUGAAGCGAUUCCGCAAAGAGUUUGUCCAGCCAGUCCAACUCAGAGUGCUGAAUGUGUGUCGUCACUGGGUGGAGCAUCAUUACUAUGACUUCGAGAGAGAUUCUCACCUGCUGAGACAACUGGAGGAGUUCAUCGCCUCCGUCAGAGGUAAGGCAAUGAGAAAGUGGGUGGAGUCUAUCACUAAGAUCAUCCAGAGGAAGAAACAGAGCGUGCCCAGUCACAGCAUCACCUUCCAGAACUCUCCUCCGCCAAUCGAGUGGCACAUCUGUAAACCAGGAAACACGGAGCUGUUCGACCUGAUGACGCUGCACCCCAUCGAGAUCGGACGCCAGCUCACCCUGCUCGAGUCUGACUUCUACAGGGCGGUGCAGCCGUCAGAGCUGGUCGGCAGUGUCUGGACCAAAGAAGACAAAGAGAUUCACUCCCCGAACCUGCUGAGGAUGAUACGACACACCACCAACCUCACCCUGUGGUUCGAGAAGUGUAUUGUGGAAACCGAGAACUUGGAGGAACGAGUUGCUGUCGUGUCACGAAUCAUUGAGAUUCUUCAGGUGUUUCAGGAACUCAACAACUUCAACGGAGUUCUGGAAGUCGUCAGUGCCAUGAACUCGUCACCGGUCUACAGACUGGACCACACCUUCGAGCAAAUUCCGAGUCGUCAGAGAAAAAUCCUGGAGGAAGCUCACGACCUGAGCGAAGAUCACUACAAGAAGUAUUUAGCUAAACUUCGCUCCAUCAACCCCCCCUGUGUCCCCUUCUUUGGAAUCUACCUGACUAACAUCCUGAAGACGGAGGAGGGGAAUCCAGACUUCCUACGUCGUCACGGUAAAGAUCUGAUAAACUUCAGUAAGAGGAGGAAGGUGGCAGAAAUCACAGGAGAGAUCCAACAGUACCAGAACCAGCCGUACUGUCUGAGGGUGGAGAAUGACAUCCGGAAGUUCUUUGAGAACCUGAACCCGAUGGAGGACAUGUCAGAGAAAGACUUCGCUGAUCAUCUGUUCAACAAAUCUCUGGAGAUCGAACCUCGAAACGCUCGCUCCUUACCUCGAUUUGUGAAGAGGUACACCUGUCCUCUGAAAUCUCCGGGGAUCCGUCCGACGUCGGCGCGGCCCGGCACCAUGCGACACCCAACACCGCUGCAGAACGAGCCCAGGAAGAUCAGCUACAGCCGCAUCCCCGACAGCGAGGCCGAGGGCGGGGCUGUCUCCGCCCCCAACUCCCCCCGCACACCUCUGACUCCGCCCCCCGCAUCCGCCGCCUCCAGCUCCACCGAUGUAGGCAGCGUGUUCGACUCGCCGCAGGGUCCCAGCAGCCCCUUCCAUUCCAGAUCGUCCUCUGUUUCCUCCAUGGUGAGUUUCAGUCGUGGUUCUGAAGACGUUCCAAUUCCUCCACCAGUUCCUCCUCGCAGACGUCCUGAAUCAGCACCUGCUGAGUCCUCUCCCUCCAAGGUAACUAAGAUGAGAACAUGUUCUCCCCUGAUACAAGAACAUGUUCUUCACUCACACAAGAACACGUUCUCCACUGAUAAGACAACAUGUACUCCACUGACAAGACAACAUGUUCUUCAUUGACAAGACAUGUUCUUC